GGCGGCCCUGAAGCGCGAGCGCCAUGAGCGGCUCCUCGGGCACCCCGUACCUGGGCAGCAAGAUCAGCCUCAUCUCCAAGGCGCAGAUCCGCUACGAGGGCAUCCUCUACACCAUCGACACGGACAACUCCACCGUGGCGCUCGCCAAAGUGAGGUCGUUCGGCACGGAGGACCGCCCCACCGAGCGGCCGGCGCCCCCGCGGGAGGAGAUCUACGAGUACAUCAUCUUCCGGGGCAGCGACAUCAAGGACAUCACGGUCUGCGAGCCCCCCAAGGCGCAGCACGCGCUCCCGCAGGACCCCGCCAUCGUGCAGUCUUCCCUAGGCUCUGCCUCCACCGCCUCCUUCCAGCCGCAUGUGCCUUACAGCCCAUUCCGCGGGAUGCCGUCCUACAGCCAGCUGGCCGCCAGCUCCCUGCUCAGUCAGCAGUAUGCCGCCUCCCUGGGCCUCGAGAAGCUUGUAAGCCCUCCAGCCUCCGCUGCAGCCUCCAGCCCUAGUUCUUCUCCGUCUCCACAGCCCGUUUCCGAGCUUGACCUGCCCUCAGAGCCGCAUCAGCUCACUUCCAAGGGUUCCGGCUUUCCUGCCGCUCCUGUCAGCAAGAGCCCCAUGGUGGAGCAGGCUGUGCAGACAGGCUCUGUGGACAGCCUGACUGCCAAGAAGCUGUUACCUGCCAAGGGCGCCCCAGCCACACAGCUCAACGGCCGACCGCCUCAGCCCAGCAAGCCCAGCAGCGAUGUCGUUCAGCCAGCGGCUGUGCAGACGCAGGGGUUGGUGAACGAUGAGAAUAGGCGGCCUCAGAGGAGGCGAUCAGGCAAUCGCCGAACCCGGAACCGUUCCAGAGGGCAAAGUCGCCCGGCCAACGCCAAGGAGAACACGAUCAAGUUCGAGGGUGACUUUGACUUUGAGAGCGCAAAUGCCCAGUUCAACCGUGAGGAGCUGGAUAAAGAGUUCAAGAAGAAGCUGAAUUUCAAAGAUGAGAAGGCUGAGACUGGGGAAGAGAAGGACCCAGCGGUGGUGCCCCCAAGUGAGGAGGCUCCUGCUGAGGACGAUCACUUGGGCCCCAACUGCUACUAUGACAAGUCCAAGUCCUUCUUUGACAACAUCUCCUCAGAGCUCAAGACCAGUUCCAGGCGAACCACGUGGGCUGAGGAGAGGAAGCUCAACACGGAGACCUUUGGGGUGUCGGGGCGCUUCCUCCGAGGCCGCAGUUUCCGGGGUGGAUUCCGAGGGGGCCGGGGCAAUGGCACAACCCGCCGCAACCCCACAUCCCACAGGGCAGGGACCGGCAGAGUGUGAUGAUGCUGCAGAUGGUUCCUGCUGAAGCAGCACAGAAGUGAAGCUGCACCUCAGGGGCAUUGGGGUCGCUUUCCUCGUUCCUGACUUCUACUCCUUUAUGUUUCGGACUCAGCUGGACUUGUGUGUGGUCUGAUUUAGAACCACUUGGGUUUAGGGGGAAUAGAGUCAGCCCUUUUUGUUCAAGCACAGCCUAACUCUGAAGUUUUU